AUGAGUCUCAAGAACGAAACCAAUGCGCGCGCUGAGAAGGAUGGCAUCGAUAUUCCGGCCUAUGAGCCGGGCACGCUUUCUGCGCAUGCACGCGGUCGGCAGUUCAGCAUCGACCCAGAGGAUCGUGCUAUGGUGGAAACUGACGUGAACAUGCUUCAUCGCGAUCUGAAGGGCAGACACAUGCAAAUGAUUGCCAUUGGUGGCGCAAUUGGUGCCGGUCUAUUCAUUGGCUCUGGUGGUGCUUUUCAGACUGGUGGACCUGCUUCUGUGCUUCUUGGUUUCAUGAUUAUUGGUCACUACCUCAUGAUGCAGGCCCUCGCCGAACUGUCCGUCAUGUAUCCGAUCAAUGGAGCCUUCACGAUGUACAUCUGUCGCUUCGUUGAUCCCUCCUUAGGGUUUGCUUGCGGCUGGGAGUACGCCAUCAGUUGGCUGACCGUCCUUCCCUUUGAGAUUUCAGCUGCCUGCAAUAUUAUCCACUACUGGCCAGGAUCGGAGGGUAUCAACAACAGUGCUUGGAUCGUCCCGCUGCUUGUUGCUUUAGUUGCUAUUCAAGUUUUUGGUGUCGAAUUCGUCCUCAGCAUAAUGAAGAUCAUCGCCUGCAUAGGCUUCAUGAUCCUUGGGAUCAUAAUCAACUGCGGCGGCGUUCCAACAGACAACCGAGGCUAUAUUGGUGCAAGAUACUGGCACUCACCUUACUCCGCAUUCCUCAAUGGUUUCCACGGCUUCUGCAGCGUCUUCGUCACUGCGGCAUUCGCUUAUACUGGCACAGAGCUGACCGGACUCGCGGCGGCGGAAACGACCAACCCAAGAAAGGAGAUUCCGAGGGCCUCGAAACAGGUCGUAUGGCGUAUCGCUAUCUUCUACGUUGUCAAUCUUUUCCUCGUUGGUUUGAUCGUACCGGAGAAUAGCCCCUUAUAUAGUGGCGAAGGCUCCACAUCGCGUCACUCACCUUUUGUCAUCGCAAUUCAGCUUGCUGGCAUUAAGGUCCUCCCAUCGAUUUUCAAUGCUGUCAUCUUGAUCGCUGUCAUGAGCGUUGCAAACUCGUGCACUUUUGGGUCGACUCGAACAAUUCAAGCUCUCGCUGCAAAUGGCAUGGGUCCUAAGAUACUGGCCUACGUUGACAGAAAGGGCCGUCCUAUGUCUGUGGUCAUUCUCCAGCUUCUUUUCGGUUGCUUAGCAUUUAUCAACUUGGCAAAGGAUGGCGGAACGAUCUUCAACUGGCUCCUGUCAUUGUCUGGACUUUCUAUCCUCUUCAUCUACGGCAGCAUCGCUCUAGCUCAUAUUCGCUUCCGCGCGGCCUGGGCUGCCCAAGGCCAUUCCUUGGACGAGCUUCCCUUCAGGGCUGCUUUCGGCGUCUGGGGCUCGUGGGUGUGCUUGCUCAUCAACAUUAUCAGCCUUAUGGCUCAGUUCUACGUCGCAUUGUAUCCAAUCGGCGGGCCUUACCUGGAUGCCAACACUUUUUUCCAACUCUACCUCGCUGGUCCUCUCCUCAUCUUCCUAUACCUCUGUUGGAAGGUCUACAGCUGGUUUGUCCGGCCAGCUGACCGCCCAUUGUUUAUCAGAGCGAAGGAUAUUGAUAUCUACACGGGAAUGAGAGAGGGUCAGCGACGCAUGGUCAGUGGCCCAGGUGUCUCAGAGGAGCAGAGGCGCGCUAGCAUCCUUGAGAUGCAGGAAGAAAAGAAGAAGAGAGGUCCUAAGGAUUAUAUCAUGGCUGGCAUUAGAAACCUCAUCUAA